AUGUCUGGCGUCCCCCCGCGGCGCACAUGGGCCCGGCGCACCCACGCAGCCGUCGUUACAUUCAUCUUUAUACCCCGCAAGGAAGCCCGCACCAGGUGCCUGUCACAACUCGCCCCAACGCCAGCCCCCAGCCACCAAGUUCAUCUUUCUCGCAGCUUCGUCGACAGUGCCUGGGUGAAGCGGGGCGUUUCUGCCUGGAUAAAUCUCUACACCGGCAUGUGGAGACCAGACGAGGUCGUGCCGCAACACAAGCGCAGAGCGGUGGCGCUUUGGACGAUCCUCAUCGGGGGCAUCAUUUUCUAUUCUUCGUAUCUGCUGUACACGGCCGUUCGCAAGCGCGAGAACCCUGAUGCGUCCAUCGAGCUAUCGAACACCGUAUUCGAGUACCCGGAUAUUUGGGUGUGCCUCUACGUCGCCUACGGCUGCGACGAGUGGGAAUUGGAGAAUGAGUGCAUGACAAGUGCAACCGGCAACAGGACAGGAUGGGGCAAUUCGAGUGCCGUGUACUACCCAGGCGGGGUCUACGAGCAGGAGAUUCACGUGGAGGGAAAGCUGACCCCGAACAACGGCUGGUGCGUGGAGUUCCAGACGUCGAAAAUUACCCGCUUUCUCGAUCGCGAGCGGGACGCGAAGUAUUAUCUAGACUACCUCCUCCUGGAUAUGUACUGGUACCCGGGUGGCCUUGAAGCCGAUUCCAACACUUGCGUCGUUGAGGGGUGGAAAACUCACAACCAAUGGAUGUACGUCUUUUUGAACGAUCCAGAAUCAGAACGAGUAUCAACCGGGAUCCAAGUCCCCUACAGCUGCAUCACCAACGUCUCAAGCAGCCACUCCUUCACAUACGUGGGAAUAGGAGUUACCAUCGAGGACAAGCUAGGCCAAGAACCCAUCGUGAACAACAAGGCGCUAUCGGUAUCGACAGCGACGGUGAAGGAUGAGGUAAAUCCGGCCAUUGUCAAGCCUUAUGCCCAGCUAUCGCUGCAGUUCCAGCAGGAGCCCAACUCGCUUGAGAUUAUCACCGAGGUCGACCCUCUCGACCUCGCCGAGAUGUUCGGCAACGUCGGCGGCUUCUGGGACCUUCUCAUGAUCAUGUGGCCCAUCUUUUUUGUGGCGGCAUCUAGACAAGACCCACACCUCAAGCCUCGAAACUUCACGAAGUCGGUCACAAAGGGGCUAGGAGGCCUCCGAAUAGGCGACAGCAAGCACCCUGGGGGCAGAGACGAUUUCAACAGCAGUCCCCAGGUCGAAGAGAGACCAUACUGGGAACAAGAGGGGAAGAAGGAGGUGGUGGAGGUGCCUUAUCCUGCCGAGAAAAGGAGAAUCCCCUUCCCGCCGGUGUGAGCAGCACCAGCGGGGGCCGCCAUGACUCCAGACGGCAACACCAAAACGGGAACGAAGCGACAUGCAGUGCGUCUUUGCCCCGAGCGAUCGUUAUCAGCGUAUGUAGCCGGCUCUCUUGUGCGGCGGGAUUAAUAAUAUCCAUGCUGUUGCGCACAUAAGUUGCCAUUCCUUUCCCGCACGAGUUUCAAUUUCAGUUUUAUUUAGGUGUAUGCGCACGUGAUAUUGUAUUACUUCUGGUACUUUUAAUUGUCAACUACAUGUAGUUCAAGUGAGUGUGUUCAGGUUGGCCCUACGGCCCACCUAAGCACGCGUCGUACAUGUUUCCAGGCAUGGUUUACGGAGACUUCUCUUGCAUGCGUUGUACAUAACAGCCCCAUUUGUGCCGUCCCGGUACCCACCAUGAUGUUGAUUGUUUGGGGUUCGUGAGCCGUCGUGCAGCGAUGCAGUCUUGGAAUGGCUCCGUUAGAUUUGAAAAAUAUACGUCGUCGUCCUUUUGGGUACGGGGAGUUUCCGUUUCUUUGGGCAUGGUAGAUUGCUUUUCGUGCUUUGGCACGGUGUUUCUUUCGUGGGCUAUCGCGAGUUCCUUAUAUAUAUUUAGUGUGUUGCUCAUUGGCUCUUCGUGGUUUGAGCGGCACUUGAACCAUCGUGAGUUUUCCUUUGCGCACCAGCUUCGAUGCUUGGGGAGGCAAAGCGUCUACGGAACGUCCCCCGAGUGUCCGGAGAAGAGAUGUAUUUAUGACAUGUGGUAAAUAGUCGACUUCGGUAGUGGUGGCUGGUGGCGGAGAGUGCUGCGGAAGAAUACGAGGGUGGGCGGUGUUGUUGGAGUACAAACUUUCGAAGGGGGGGUAAAGCUUCACGCAACAGCUAAAAUCAUAACGUUGCAGGUUCUGCUACACUGCAUGUAGCCGAGCCCCGUACUUGUGGCAGCUUCCACGAGCUUGCAAACACGGGGUUCCCCGACGUCCAAGGAAGCAUUGGAAAGCUACCAUGAAACGCCGCGGACGCAUCUGAUAUCGAAACCGUAGAGGUUUCCGUGCCCACCAUGGCCGUGCUUCCAUGGGGUUUGUGAGCGAAACGCAUGGAAGUGCUUCCCGAGCUGCCGUGACUACCAUGGAAGCUUCCGUGACGGCCAUCCGACAA